AUGACAUCAGCAGCACUCGUGAUCGUGCGGCCGACCGAACCGACCGAGACGAAGCCACCGUCCGUCGAACGGUCCAACCUGUGCAACGGUGCUCCCGGUCAGCCACCGUACAGCACGAUCGGCAGCAGCGGCAUUGCCACAACAACAAUCGCCAGCAACAGCACGGCCGUCACCGGCAGCAGUGUAAAUAAAGUCAAUGUUUCUUCUUUGGAUGGUACCAGCGCAUCCAGCAGCAGUGGCCAAAGUUCCAGCAACUCCGCGGAACCGAAGCGCCCGGCGUACGAUCCGACGCUGAGCGAGCGCAUUAAUCCCUUCGACAAGGACAGGAUCGCUGGCGCAGGGCGCGGCACCAGUGGCGGUGGCAGCGACACCAGCAUUACCAGCAGUGUUGCCAGCAACACAACUAGCAGUAAGAUCACAACCAACGACGACACCGAUCGUUACACUAUACAGCAAGGUAUCAGGGAACAACCAUCGCUAACCGGGCGCUUCCAGGCACCGGCCGGUGGAGGUCUCGGUGCAGCCGCCGUCCCAUCGCCGGUCACCCUGCCCGCCACCAGCAGCACCUCAGCAGCAUCAGCAACAACGACCGCUUCCUCCACUUCCGUCUUCUCGUCCUCCUCCGUUUCGUCCUUCUCCGCCGGCUCGUCCGGGUACUCGAGCGCCACCAGCACCGGCUUCUCGACCCCAUCCAGCGUGCCACCGACCAGCGAGCAGAAGAAGCAAGAGUUCGGACGCACCAAGCGCGCCUCGUCCGAUGCCGAGAUUAUCUUCGGUGACCGUGGACCCGACUUCUACAACAAGCGCUUUGAUCGGGCCGGCAGUCGCGGUGAAUUCCGGCAGCGCACCGAAUCGCUAACCGAUGCAGAGCUCAUCUUCGGUACCAGUGCCGUAACGGGGCCGGCUACACCACCCAUCACCGGUUCGGCUCCAUUCUCACCGGCGGCCAGCAGUCCAGCAACUACCGCUGCACGGUAUGGAUCGUACGGAAGUCGGGACAGCACAAGCUUCAGCAGCACAACGUCCGAUUCGGAGUUUGUGUACGGCAAGAAGGAUCCGAGCGUACUGACGAAGAGUAUGUCCGUAGCGUCCGAUCGUUCGGCGAGUGUGAGUGUUAGCAAACCCUGGACAAGAUCUACCCCACGGGUAGAUGACGAGGAGGAGUUCGAUCUAAAGUAA